AUGCCAGAUUCACAAAUAUUAAAUGUAUGGAAAAGUAAUCUGGAAGAAGAAAUGAAAAACAUUAGAAAACUUAUAAAUAAAUACAAUUAUAUAAGCAUGGACACUGAAUUCCCAGGUGUAGUAGCCAAACCUAUAGGGAAUUUUAAAUCACAAUCAUCUUUUGCUUAUCAACAAUUAAGAUGUAAUGUAGAUAUUCUUAAAAUCAUUCAAUUAGGUAUUUCAUUAUCUGAUUCCGAAGGAAAUAGGCCACUUCCUGUAAAUACAUGGCAAUUUAAUUUUAAUUUUUCUUUAGACACUGAUAUGUAUGCACAAGAAUCCAUAGAUCUUCUUGCACAAGCAAAGAUUGAUUUUAAAGAGCAUGAAAAAAAUGGAAUAGAAAUCGAAGAAUUUGGUGAAUUACUUACUACUUCUGGGAUGGUUAUGAAUGAAUAUGUUGUAUGGAUAUCUUUUCAUUCUGCAUAUGACUUUGGAUACUUAAUAAAAGUAUUGACUUGUAAUUUAUUACCAGAAAAAGAAGAUGAUUUUUAUGAUCUUCUCAAAGCUUUAUUCCCUGAAUUUUACGAUAUAAAAUUUUGCAUCAAAAAUUCUAAAUAUGGUACAAAAGGACUUCAAGAAAUUUCUUCUGACAUGGGUUUAAAAAGAUAUGGUAUCCAACAUCAAGCAGGAAGUGAUGCACUUUUAACAUCCUUAACUUUUUUUAAGGCUAAAGAAAUAUUGUACGAGGAAAUGGAUAAUGAUAAUAUUGGGAAGUUAUUUGGCAUAGAAAUUAAACAAGAUUAA